GCUUCAGUCUGGUGGGUGCUGCGGUCUCGUCGACGGGGAGAAUGGUAGACGGAGUGAAGGGGAGGGAGGAGGAACCAGAAGAAAAAAAGUUAAACUAAAAAUGGCUUCCUUGUCUUCAGAACAAAACGAUAUUUGCACUGAGCAGCCGACAGAAGACUCAGAAAAAUCUAAAAUAAAGGAAGAGAGAGACCCUGACGAGGUUUCAGAGGAACUGCUUCAAAGUUUUCGCAAGUCGGAGCUUAGCUUUUCAAGUGACCAAGUGGCAUGUGUGUGCGAGGCACUUCUGCAGGCGGGUAAUGUGGAUCGCCUGUGGAGAUUCCUCUCCACCAUCCCUCCUUCGGCUGACCUGCUACGUGGCAAUGAAACUUUACUGAAGGCCCAAGCACUAGUCGCUUUCCACCGGGAAGAAUUCAAACAAUUGUACGCAAUACUAGAGAGCCACGAUUUCCACCCCAGCAACCAUGGGUUCCUGCAGGACCUUUACUUACAGGCACGGUACAAGGAGGCAGAGAGGUCCCGAGGUCGGAGCCUGGGUGCAGUGGACAAGUAUCGUCUUAGGAAAAAGUUUCCCUUGCCAAAAACUAUUUGGGACGGAGAGGAGACUGUAUAUUGCUUCAAAGAAAAGUCGCGCAAUGCUCUCAAAGAGUGUUACAAGAUCAACAGGUAUCCCACCCCAGACGAAAAGAAGAAUUUAGCUAAAGCCACCGGACUUUCCCUGACCCAAGUUAGUAACUGGUUCAAGAACCGACGACAGAGAGACCGAACACCCUCUGGUACCAACAGCAAAAGUGAAUCUGAUGGCAACCACAGUACUGAAGAUGAAGCCAGUAAGGGAGAUUUGGAGGACAUCACAGACAAACAUAUCAAUGAGGACUCGAUCACGUGUUCCACUGGCCCUCUCAUAUCCAUCUCUGGUACUACCUGCAGCACUGGUGGCCAGCUCAUUCUCAACAGUACAGGGGGGUUCCUCACCUCCCCUCAUCCUCUGCUUCUCAAUGGCAGCUCACUGCUCUCAGGCACGGGGUCAAGUGUCAUUAUCAACGGGUUGACCUUAAACGACGGGCAUGCGGUGACUCUCAGUCCAGUCACUGCCAACCCGCCUUUGCUACUGAAUGGAGCACAGGUAAUCCCCAAAGGUGUGGGAAUCAAUGACCUCAGCUUGGAGGUCCCGUCUGUUAGCGAAAUGGAAACACAAGCUACUCUCCCGACUGUGGUACUAAACACCCACACCAGCCCAAAUGGAACCAUCACCCUCCCACUGACAGAGGAUGGGAAAGGAUCCAGUGGCACAGCCUCUUCUCUGCCUACGCUGGAUUUCAUCAACUCCAUCAGUGUCCCAGAGGGCCUGGUACUAAAGACAGAUGAUGGGGUGCAAACUAUAUCACUGACUUCUGUACCCUCGUCCACCACUUCAUCCUCCAUUUCCCCCACCACCCCUCUGUCUCCUCUAUCUGUGAAUCAGAGUGGCCGAACCUCAGAGACCUUAAACCCCUCUCUGGCUGUCACCCCGACAGGAGUGGUCAUCUCUAACCCAAUGGUGCCUUUGACCUCCCAGCAGCAUGAGUUUGUGGUGUUUGCCACCGCUGGCUCGCAGCUUAGUCCCUCUAAUUCCAUCUGCCAGGUGGUCUCGUCUUCCUCCUCCUCCACGCCACAGGUGUUCUCUCUCCCCCAGGUGGUGCCUUCUAUCCAGGGCAUCCCUGUCUCUCAGCUGAUGCAGCACCACUCGGGAGCCCAAGUGUCUUCCUGUCCCCAGCUCGUCCCUGUGUCUUCCCUCACCAGUCAGCUGCCACAGGUUUCUGUCCCUCCUUUACAAGGUCAGAUGCUCCACAUAGCUCCGCGCCUUGCCCAAGUCCCACAGUGUAGUACGUCCACCACCCUCAGCGAUGACAACAUUUUGUCUGUUUCCCAGGUGGCCAGUAGUCAGGUGUCCCAGGGCUUGACCCUCCAGCUUAGUGAUCAGUCUUCCUCAAACUCUCUCUCUCGUUCUCAGCGGCCUGCGCAACAGGUCAUUCCUAUUUCCUCCCCGACACAAGUCGUCCCUGUCUCUCAGUCGAAAGAACUAGGCCUUGCCCAGUUAGUCCCCGUAUCUCUGCCUCAACUCGUUCCUGUGUCCUCCAUCUCUGCAGCCUCCAAUGGAUCCCUUUCAUUUCCCCAAAUGGUACAAGCUAGCCCUACCCUUUCUAUACCAUCAGCUGGAGGUGCCUUCCAGAUCAUCAGUUCCAACCCCAGUGCAGGUGUUGGGGUCGCUCAGGCACCCCUGCGAGUUAACCAGCUUGGAUCCCUCCAGAGUGUUGGUCCCACAGCCAGUGCCUCUCCUGGGGUUCAGAUCCUCAAUUCGGGGAUCAUUCAAAUCCCCUCCAGCUCACCAGGUACUGGUAACUUUGUUCUGACAGGAGGCAUGGGGGGUAGUCCCAUUCUUAGCCUCCAGCAAGGCAAACUCAUUCUUACCAUUCCAGCUGGCAUCCAGUUCACCAGUGUGCCUGUUAAGUCAAUGUCAGAGAACCCUGUCCAAAGCAUGGUGACUUCUGACCAGACCCCGGUCAUCGUUACUGCAGAGAAUCCGCCCGCCACUUCUGCAGCAGUGCCAGCUUCGUCUUCCCUGCAGUGUUCCUCGUUGAGCUACACCAAUUCUGCACUGUACUGUAGCCCUGAGCCUGGAACGCCAGCCAACCCGACCCCCGUAGCUUCCCCCGACACGCCAGACUGUUCAAGCACUCGGACGUCCUCCACAGUGCUGCCGUCCCAGCACGCCUUGAGCCCAGAGAGCAUGCUGACACUCAGCCCCAUAUGCGGUUCAGGCUCACAGCUUCCACAGACCACGUGGAGCCCCGCUUCGCUUGCCUCCUCUGCCACCCUCAGUCUGUUUGAUGUGCGGGGGAAGGGAGACCUAGCAGAGGAUCCCUCUCUGAUGGGACUGCCGGCUAGUGAUGGUCUGCUACUUGGGACUCCUCCGCCUGGUGGAGACAUAGACAAAGAAUCCCAGUUGGAUGAUACAGAAGAAAUGGACGGGGAUUCUAAAAUCCUCACACAACUCCAGUCUGUUCCUGUAGAUGAUGAUUUGGGUUUAUAGAUCCAGCACUCCUAACAGACUUUUUGUGAUGCAUAUUGGAGGAAUAUGCAUUACAAUCUACAUUCGUAGAGGGGUUCUCGGUAUAGUGUGGAACCUGCUUUUCUCUCUUACUCCCUCAAGUGUGUAUGUGUUAAGAGUGAGAGAGAGAGGGAGAGAGAAUGAACGAGAUUUUGGAGAACAUAAAGCUGAUAUUCAUUUUAAAACUUUUUUUUUUUAAUAAUUUUUUAUUAAGGCUUACUUUGCUCACGUCCCAGUUCAUAUCAAUUACUGUGACCAUGUAAGCUUUUUUUUUUAUUACUGUACUGUCAGGAAAAAGUGGAUGUAUUAUAGAUGCUGAAUACAUCCAGUAGACAAUCAACAAAUUCCUUAGCAGUUAAAUACAGUGCCGGUGAGGCUGUCAAGAUUAUGAUCAGAUACUGUCGUAAAUGAGGGUAAAAAAAGUUAAAGGGUAACAUUUUUGUUUAGUUUCAUCCAUUCUGACUACACUAAAAUGCCAUCCAGUCAUGCAGUGGUCUGUUACCAAGUAAAACAAAGCAGUUGUGAUGAAAGCAAAGUGAGCUGAGACAGACAAAUGGUUAAUUGCUUUUGUGAAACUGAUUAAUGUGAUACAUUUGAGUGGAUUCAGUAACUCAAGAUGAUAUAAAAUCUCAGUCUAACAGAUCAACUGACGCUGAAUUGGCUGAUAAGCCACCCAAGCAAAGAGUAAGCACUAAGAGUCAAUGCAGAUAUUCAGGAAAUUUAUGGAUGAUUACGGUAUUGUCAAUAAUCAGUCACAACUUCCUGGUUGGUUGGUAGAUGUAUUUUUAGAACAUUUUUAAACACUUUAAAUGUUUUUUCUAUGCAAUAUCUGGGUUGUCCCAGGGACCUGGAUUUCAGUUAUGGUGGUGCUAUGUGGCAUUUUAUAGAGGGCUAUAUCUGAGAGAUGACUUUGAGAUUGCCAAAGUAUGGACAAUAUAUUAGAAAUUAGAAAUUCAGUGUGGUAGUAGUGAUGUGAGUUUGUCUGGUAUUCAACAUUUGGUCCUAGUAUAGACCUCAAUGAUGGAGAACAAAGCACCUGAGACCUUAACAUUGAUUGCCUUGCAGUUCAUAGGCUACUGCAUGCUGCAGUCUCUUCAAAUCAGUUUACAGCAUUUCAUUCACUACUACACAAGGAGAAAGACAUCAUUUUCUACAUUGUUUAAAACAUUUAGAAAAAAAUGGAACUGUUAAACUAUUUCAUAUACACUACAAAACACAUGUGAUACACAUUCAAUGUUAAGUCUUCUCCAUUUGUGGUCUCUUGAAACGCAAUACAGUGCUUUGCUGUUAAGUCAUGGGACUAUACUGUCUCAAAAGGAUGGUAUUUGAAUUCCUCACAUAUACAAUUCUAGUCGUAUUUACAUUUAUUAGUUACUCCCAUGCUUCUUAAUGUGCUCCUUAAAUGUUUUUUUUAUUGUUCUUUUGUUAUAUCAACACAAAAUAUUGACUCAAACUGUCUUGCCAAAUCAUUUUCUCAGUUGAGAGGUGAACAUUGUAUGUUGUACAGGACUAGAGUAGUAGCCUGUUCUCACCAGCUCCAAGGAGGACUCCUCCGUUGGGUGUUUUGCACAUUUUAUUUAUGUCAUGUUUACACAAAUGUGCUACCGUCUGUGGCCUUCUCUAUUUUUCUCUUCUGUGUCAAAGACCAGGUGGCUCAACCGAGACACUCCUCUUUAUCCCCUGUCUCAGCUGUUUAUUGUUAUAAUUUUGUUUAUUUUUCCUGAAAUAUUUGUUUUGUUUAGCAUAUGUAGUAGUCAUAUUUCACUUGUGUUCUCUGUGCAGGAAAAGAAUGUACUGAAUGGAAGUCUACAUAGGAACCAUUGUAUUUAUCCAUAACCAUGUGGUUCCAGUCAAACUACAGUCUGAGUUUUCAUAGUUCAAAAAUUAUAGGACACCUGUCAGUCAUUAGGUAUGCUGUAAGUGUAUGCUUGUGAUAGGAUGUGAACCAUUUCCUCGCCAAAGUUGUUGUUUCAUUGCCUUUUAUAUUGGAAAUGACUCCUUCAAGCAUGUUUGUCUAAUCAUACUCCUUCAUUCAUUAUACUGUAUGGAGAUUAAGGGAAAGUGUGUGUUUGCGUGUACAAUGAAAUGCUGUUACAGAAUGUAAAAAGUGUACAUCUGUUCUUGAAUCAUGUCUACAAUGUUUGUCUUGUUUUAUUCAUCCCUUCAGUUCUUUUUUUCUGUCCAUUUCAUGGUUGUUGCUAUUGUCACAUCUUACACACAUGCACAUAAACAUAUACUUCCAUCAACCAAAGACACUUAUUUGAACGGUUUUAGUAAAGGGAUUUUUCCUGUUUUUUCUUCUGAAACAUAGCUGUUUUGUACAUUUAAAAGGCAUUUUAUUUUUUAUAUACAGUUAUGUCAUUGUAAUAAACAUUUAUAACCAUC